CACAGACUCGCAGCAGUAAACACGCAUGGAGAGUUCUAAAUAAAAGUGAUAACUAACAAACUGGGCCAUACCAAAAAUAUUUUAAGUUUUCAUUUUUAAAAAAUUUUUAAAUGUGGCGUAUUGUAUUUUAAUUUUUUUAUAGAAAUAGGGCAUAGAUUUUUGUUAACCGAUUUCCUCACAGUGCACACAUACACACACAUUUAACUACACUGAACUCUACCAGUGUUUGUGAAAUAAUACACUUUACAACGCGAUCAGCCAUCCAAAUCUUCAUCAGUGUGCAACUGUCUUAAUCAAGUAUUCUUAAAGAUUCGAUCUAUAACACCGUUCUGCGAAAUUUCAAGUAAAAUUUAAAUUUAAGAUCUCGCCAUUUAUAUCAAAAUUGUGUCCAUUCCCUCGCUUCGCCAUGGUCAACGAAUAUUGCACUGGUUCCAAAUCGCCAGUGUUCAUCAGCCACUCCGCCCCGUACAACUUUCUGCGGGAAUACCGUCUAUUGUGCGAUGAUACCGAAAUACCUGCGAUGACUCUGAUUGGAGAAGCCGCCCAGGCCUGGCAGGCGCUUAGUCCCGAGGAGAAGAGCUUGUUCGAGGAGACCUCCUAUCUGACGGCCCGAUUCGGUCAAUCCAGCAACUCUGCGAUAAGACUAACUAUUGAUUUGCUAUCAGCCCAGCAAACCACUGUGCGGCGGAUGCCCAGUACUCCAAGUACCCGCAGUUCUCGCAGUCUCCGAAAGGUCUCUGAAAAGUCCAAGACCAUCCGGAGCGGUAAUGCCAAAUCGCAUUGGAAGAAAAAACAGCAGAAAAUGAGUGCAGCCAAAAUUAUGUGAGAACUAAAAUAUGGGAUGUUAGAGGUGUGGCGGAUGCACCUUAAAACACUUGUUAACUGGAAAAUAUCCUUCGAUGACCCACAAUGCCAUUGACCA